AUGGCCGAAAUAUAUGAAAUAGUAGUAUUGCAAAAAGGAAAUCCAAAAUUAGUAGUCAAUGGUUACUUAAUGGUAAAGGAAAAAGUAAUUAGAAAUACCUAUUAUUGGUGUUAUAAAAAAAGAAAGUCAGAGUGUUGUAAAGGUCGAGCAAUUACUACUUUCUCAGAUAAUUUACACUAUCUUAAAAAAUUCAUUAAACAUAAAAACCAUGCUCCUGAAGCUAGUAGUAGUGAAGUUGCAAAAAUUAGAAGCGCUGAAACUCUACCACAACCUCAAACUUUUGAAGAAAUUAAUGUUCCAGCCUCAUUAUGCCUAACUUUAAAUAGAGAAUUAUUUUUAAUAAAAAACUUAGAAAUUAAUCAAAAUAAAAUUCUUUUAGUAGUCCAAUAUGAAACUGAUUUAAAUUUAAGUGAGAAUUUACGGUGUUUGCUUGCCUUGGCUUUUCUUUCAUCUGAAGAAAUUCCUACUAUAUUCAAUAUUUUAAAAAAAGAAAUACCACCAAUUGCUUGUAAAGUUGUACUAUGGUUUGAGAAUACUUAUGCUUUUGGAAAAGUUAGAAAAGAGUUAAGUAAUAGUAAUAUCUCUCAUAAUUAA